AUGGCAGACCACGGCAUCCUUCCACCGGGCCUGAACCCAGACACGCUCUCGACGAGGCUCAACCCGAGGCACCACGUCAAGCUCGAGGCGGAGAAAGUGCAGGACGUCGCAGCGAACGACUUCCCGGGACAUUGGCCGGGCGAACACCACGCCUGGGACAUCCAGACAUUCAAGAAGAACCUGAAGAUCCAGAUCUCGCGGCUCUCGAGCACGUCGAUCGAGUUCGACCUGAUUGGGAUCGAUGCGAGCAUCGCAAACGCGAUCCGGCGGAUCAUGCUCGCCGAAGUACCCACCGUAGCCAUCGAGGACGUGUUCGUCUGGAACAACACCUCGCUCGUCCACGACGAAGUCCUGGCCCAAAGACUGGGCCUCGUGCCCUUGAAAAUCGACCCCCGCCUCGUCGACAUGCGCACCGACGAAGGCGCAACCGACCUCAACACGAUCGUGUUCAAGUUGGUCGUCAAUUGUCGGCGGAAGCCGAACGUGUCCAAGACUGAAAAAGACCCCACAAUCCUCUACGAGAACGCCCUAGUGACAACGGAUGCGCUGGAAUGGGAGCCGAAGGGCGACCAGCCGGAGAUGUUCGGCGCCGACCCGCCGCGGCCGGUGCAGAAAGACAUCGUGUUAGUGAAGAUGCGGCCGGGGCAAGAGAUCCGGGCGGAGAUGCACUGUGUGAAGGGGAUCGCGAAGGACCAUGCGAAGUUCUCGCCCGUCGCUACGGCCUCCUACAGACUGCUGCCCCACAUCAUCAUCCACGAGCCGAUCCCCGAGGCCGACUGUCAGAAGUUCCAGGCCUGCUUCUCCCCCGGCGUCAUCGCCAUCGUCCCCGGGCCCACCGGCGCCUCCAAGACCUGCGUCGUCAAGAACCCGCGCAACGACUCCGUCAGUCGGGAGGUCCUGCGCCAUCCCGAGUUCGAGGGGAAGGUCUCCCUCGGCCGCGUCCGCGAUCAUUUCAUCUGUGCGUCCUCCUCCCACCCUCCUCCAAGUCUCCAGUGGACUCAUUCGUACUCUGUUUCAGUCAAUGUCGAGUCCACCGGCGUCUAUUCGCCCCAAGAAAUACCACUGGAAGCCUGUGAGGUCCUGCUCUCCAAGAUCAGGACUGUGAGAGCUUCGUUGAAGCUACGGAUGGAUGCAAUGCUAUAA